AUUCACAUGAGAUUUCACGAGGUUUGUUGGUUGUCAUCGAGACUAACAAUCGGUAAUCUGUGGAGUACAGAAAAUUAAAUUAACAUUUAACAUAUCCAGUACCCAAAAAACAGCAAUAAUGGAUGAUUUUCAAUCUGGGGAAGAGGUAACUAUAACUUUUAUUAAUACCCAUGGCCUUCACAUUCAUUGUCAACAUAUGUUGACAAAGAUGAAUCACUCCUCCUGGUCUCCCAACUGACUGAGACUGAGACUAUUUGACUAUUAAUUCAGUCACUAUUCAGACUCAAUACUCGGUCAAUACUGACAGUGAGAGAGUGACUGACUUAACUUAUUAACUCCUGUCUAGGACCACUUAUUAGUAUUACUUACUUACGUAUGCCUUUUACCCUGUCUGAAGCAUAGGCCGUCAAUAAGAAUUUUCCAUUCAUCUCCCUCCUCUGUACUCUCCUUUGACAAAAAAUUGCUUCCAAUUUCAUUGAUUCCAGGUGUAUCCCAUGCCCAUACUUUUUGUGUGUCUCCCGGUAUUUUUAGCCAUUUCACUCUUUAUUUUUUCCCCUAUGGAUUCAAUGUUAUUGAUUGCCUGGUGAUUUUAUUUGGGGGUUUACAAAGAGGGUGCCAUGCCAUAUCCACCUCCAUUUUUUCUUUGAAAGGAGGCUCCUCUGCUAUGAGGUUUCCAGUAUAAUCUGGCUUUGGCCGUAAGUUUUCAUAAUAGCUUUUCUUGGGGAAGAACAGCCAAGGCUGAAAUUGUUUUGUUUUUUUCAUCUUAUUGAUGUUUCUGUAGCGUUUGUUUUUUUUACGGGUUAGGUAGCUGGCCUGACGCCAACUCCUUUUUUUGCACCCCGGCUUGGGACCGGCCUUGGCAGUUAAUACUAACUACUACUAAUAAAUACUACUGGUUAGGCCUACUAUGAAUGAUGAUCCUAUCUAGUAAUGCUUAAUAUGGCAAGAGUGGUAUAUCAUCUGAAUCAGAUUGAUUUCCAGGGCCAGCUUUUUUUUUUUGAAUGGCCAGCAGCAAGCUAAGAAAUAUCAAUUAAAUUUGAAUGUUCAACAGUUUAUGAAAUUUAGCCCAACAUUUAUAACUUUAAACCAAAGUAGGCUAAAAGCUAAGCACUAUUUAAUUAUGAUGCACAGGUUCCCAACCUUUUUGGUUUACAUCCCCAUUUACGUGGACCAAAGUUACCUGGGACCACAUUCUGUAGAAGUUGAGUGACUCAAAUUCUGUAUAAAAAAUAAACAAACAAGUUAUAAACUUAUUCAACAGUGCAACAGUUUGAAGCCUUCUAAACUUUAGUUUUACCUGUUGGAAUGGUAAUUCUUCAUCUGAUAUCAAACAUCGAUUUAAUAGAAUAAUCAGGAAAGCUAUUAAUAUCACAUAAACUUAGCAUCCUUUACUUGAAGAAAUAUGAGAAGAAAAAUGCUGUAAAAAUUUUUUAUUUAAAGUUUUGAUUAUAUACCCUCUUAGUCAUAGAUAUCUAAGAUCAGCUUGAUGAAGGCCAAUUCUUACCCUUAACGUUAGGACCAAAAGAUAUACAAAUACCCCCUUUGCCAAGUAUAUUCAUGUGUCAAAUCUUAGAGCCAUUUUUACCCCACUUAAUCCUGCAUCUAGAGUUUACACCUUCCUAUGUUGGAGCAAAUAUAUAAUUUAUUUUUAAAAUUCUAAUAUCAUUAAUGUAACAUUUUAUAUGUUUCUGGUUUACUAAAUUGCUUAUGGAGUUAGUAUCUGAAAUAAGCCAUGGAUUAUUAAUAAAAUCUGGAUUAGCUUUUCUAUAUUAACAUAAUCCAUUUUAUUGAAUAAAUCCCACAAAACGAGAUUGUUCACUCUGAUUAUUCACUGAAACUGUUUUUUUUUUUUUAAUUGCUCUCUACCAAUCUUACCCUUUCAUACUACAGGGUUUGAGGGCUAUUUGAAUUUAGGCCAACUUGAAGCUGUACUUUAGAAGUAUAUAUAUCUUUUAGAAUUUUUAUUGAAAUGGGUUAGCCUAAAAUUAUUUGUGCUUUAGAGCACUAAAUAAUCAAUCUAAAUUUACUCUUUUCCAUCUCUUUUAGGAAGUAAGUAAUGGUUGUUAAAGGAGUCUUAAAAACUGGAGUAAAAGAAUGUUGAAUGUUUUUUGAAGUGUCUUUUCAGUUUUAUUUAUUUUUUAUUUUCAAUUCACAUCAUUUACUCUGAGAAUUAAUUAUUCAAAUUGCACAUUUACUAUUAUUGAAGUUAUGCAUUACUUCCUUUAUAAAAAAUGCAGCAUUAUUAUAAUCAUCGGUAUCUUUGAACAUAAUUACCAUAUUGGGUAUUUUCAAAAUAAUAAUCAAAUAAUAUUAACCACAUUGUGGAAAAGACUUAGAAGGUUAAUUAUUUCAUAUAAGCUUUUUUAAUGCACAUGUUCAAGAGUCAAUUUGUGAAUUAAAAUUAAAGUUAGAGAACUUGGCAAAAAAUGAAAGUUUGUACAUUAAAUGAAUUAUAACUGUUUUCUUUCAGAUGGUGAGUCUCUAGUCCAUAAUGAUGAACUGCUGUAUAAUGUAAUGUCUUGUUUGAAUUGCAGUGCUUUUAAUUUUGUUCAAUCAUUAAAUGAUUAUUUGUGUUAUUUCAAGUUUAACUGAGUGUUAGUUCUUCAGGGGAGAAAUGUUUGCAUUCUUACCUUUCUCAGACUUAUGCUGAGAUUUAGUUCACCAUUAAGAGCUUGGGACAGGUAUUUGACGGACAUUCUUUAUUAGCAAUGCAGCAGCAAUAACAAAACUACUUGAGCUUUUUUCUUUACAUUUUGGUCGUGUUUUCACAUCUUAAAACCCAAUUUUCUUAAGAUACAUUUUGUAAUGGUUAUUAAUCACAAAUUUUACCAGUUAGUUUGUUAAAUUCUUUGCUAUUUUUUGCUGUUUUUUUAUAGCUUAGUUUACAUAAUUGAAUCUUGAAUAUUAUUGACAAUUAAUACAAAUUAAUGUAAAAUCAUAUUUUAGACAAAACUUAGUUAUUCUAAUUAUUUAAAAAUACAGAAACAAGAUCUACUUUUAUUUUCCAUGAGGUUGAGAUUUUCUGCUAUGAAUAAAAUCUUUGAUCGUCCAAGAUAAGAUAGUAAAGGAAUAGCAAUAUAAUGCAAAGUAUAUUCAGUUUUAAUUUCAUUGUGUAACUUGGCAAUUGUCUAACAAAUGAUGCUAGAAGUGUAUGCAUGUAUUUUUUAUUACUAAUUUCAAUAUUUGGCACCACCAUUCUUUUGGAUUUUGCAAUAUUGUCUACUUUUAAGAUGACGUUAAUCUCUCAUGUAAAUUAAGCUUUCAUGCUAAUCAUGUUUAUACUCACUCUAAUUAUUAACAAACAUUUAUGAUUAUGAUAUGAAAAGAAUGUGUUAUAGUUGUUAAUCAAAAAUAUAAAUUAUAUGUGUUGUAUUUUUAAUGUUUAACAUACUGGUUUUAUUUUUUUCAGCAAGUAAGUAAAUCAGCUGCCCAAAAAGCUUUCUUUGGUGAAGAAAUGUCUAUUUUCUUAAAUUACAUUCAAGUCCUGAAAAUUAUUCAUUUAGGACAGAAUUUUAUUUUUUUUAAAACUAUUUUCUUCUUUUUCAGAAAUUGCACUAUGUUUAUGUUCAAAUUUUUUUAAAACUUUAUUUUAUUUCUAGUUACCUUUUUCUAAGUUGAACAAAAGAAAUACAUUGUAUUUUAUUCACCUUUGAUUAUGUUUAGAAUAACAAAAUGCCUCCAUUAUACAGUGGUCUUAUAUAGCGCUGUACCACAGCCUAGAGUUGGGAUCACCAUGCUUCACAUAAAAAUAUUGGCAAAAAUAAAUAUGACAUUAAAACAGUUACAUAGAUUUAUUUAAUUACAAAGCAGCUUUAAAAAAAUAUUCCUGCACCGCCCAAACUAUUUACAUGUCAAGCCAUGGACGGCACGCAUCAGCAUCGUUUAUCGGUUAGAGUGGGGUGGGAAUCAGCCUGGAUAGUAUAAUUUAAUGUGUCAAUCUCCUUGUUACGCACUGGUUUCUAAUAUGAGAAAUUAAUCUCCUAUUUUAAUUUUAUUGGCUCGUUGUAAACAGUGCCUAACAAAGGACGAUACCAUAGAGUCAACAAUAUUGAAGACACCCAAAACAGUUGCCAGUUACAAUUAAUUAUGAUUUAUUAAGUAUUAAUACAAUAACAAAACAAAAGAAAUAAAAUUAUAAAUCAUCAGCUUACAGUAUUGUAGAUCUUGUAACGGUACACUGUUAAUACAAUGUGCCAAUUAAUAAUGAUGAAUGCAAAAUAAACACAUAAAUAGACAAAUGCACAAUACACGUCUCGUGAAGUUAAUAAUUAUCUAUCUGAAUCUCUGUCUCUCCGUCCGUGCCUGUCAAUCCCUUAUAUAGGUCGCGUAAGCCCUGCCUUCCAGAAAAGACUUAUGACGGUUGUAAACAAGAUACAUCAAAUGAAUAGGCCACACCCACAAUAGACGUUACUUUCUGCUAGGAUUCUAAUUUAGGUCAAGUAAAGUUCACGCACGGAAAAAGUGUGCUACAUAACACUCCUGGAAUUAUUUGCAAUUCAAAAUAAACAUUUAUGGAGUCUAAGAUGCUCAUACAAUUUGUUUUUUAAAUUACACAGUCAUCAUCUUCAGGGUGACCGUAAUAAAACAUUUAGCAACGCUCCAGAAGAAAAAAAAAUAUUUUAAAUCUCAUAAUUUUCAAAAAAGAUACUCACAAUGUGUUCAUGAAAAUGAUGCUAAUUUUCACAAUUUAUUAAUUGAACGGCAGAUUUGAUCUCUUUGCUAUCACAUAUAUUUGCCGAUUGUUGGUCUUUUGUAAUUUCAUAGGCUCUAAAUAAAUACUGUGCUGUAACUUUAACGUUAAUUUUCUGCUCAGUAUAGUAAUGAUUUUCCUUUACCAUUAGAAGAUCGAGUGCAGUGUACAUGUUUACCUACUUCAGAUGUAAAAUAAAUUGUCUUUUUAUGAUUUUAAAAAUUAAAAAGCAAUAUCUUGAUGGGAAUAUAUAAGUAAAAUUAAGGUGAUAAUUAGGCUAUAAAGGUAUAGCAUUGUAUGUUCCAUUCAUUAAAACAUGUCUACAUACUGAAUAGAGUUGAAUUAAAAAUUCUUAUUCUUUAAAUAUGUUUGAAUAUAUAAUACUUGAUAAAUAUUUUGAAUCCAUACAUCUUUUCACAAUUUUUAAUUGUAGCACUUAAUUAAAAAUUUUAGAAAUUGGUGAAAUAUCAAUAUUGGCCUUGGUAGCAGAAAAUAAUUUUUUUAAAUCCUUUUUUAGACGGCAUUUGUCGUUGAUGAAGUGACAAAUAUCAUAAAGGAGGCAGUAGAAGGAGCCAUUGGUGGCAACGGGUACCAGCACAACAAGGUGAAUCAGUGGACAUCAAAUGUUGUGGAGCAGUGUUUGAACCAGUUGACCAAACUAGGAAAGCCAUUCAAAUAUAUUGGUGAGCUAUUUCAUUUAAUUCAUUUUUGAAAAAUUUCAUGGCACCAUCUGUAAUUGCUUUGUUGUCUGCUUAUUCUAGGAUAUUCUCACUAAGUAAAUAAAAAUUAAAAAAUCAUGAUUUAUGUCUAUAGGAAACAAAUAAAAGAACGAAGCUUUAACUUUUUUUAAAAAUAGUCAAAGAGAUAACUGGAUAGUAAUUUUUAGUUAAAUGUUAUCCCUCUGUAAUGCAAAUUCAGAAAUAGUGCUGUUGUGGAAUGUCUCCUAAAGUUUGUAUAUUGAUUCACACAUUAGUUUUAUUUUUCGAUGUCUACAAAUAUAUAUACCGGUAUUCUCAUACACAACAAUUCUUCAAAUGUCUAACUUGAACACCACAGAACUUACUAACUACAAGAGAUUAAAAGAAUUUUUAAAAUGAAAUAACCCAUCUUUCCACUUUUCAAAAUCCCAACUCUAUUCACAUAGAAAAUUGUAAAUCCAAUUUAGAGCAAGGUUCCACUGUAUUCUCUUUAAAAUGAAUAAUUUUUAUGAUAUAAAUUUCAAAUAUGCUUUUAAAAUUAGAAUACCGAAGUCUUCGUCAUCAAUUCUUUUUAUGGGACAAUAUAAAUAAUAUAUCUUUUGCAGCAUAUAAAAAGUGUACAAAAUGUGUUACUUUUUUUAACAAUAAAGUCUCUGUCAUGUUAUAUUAUUUCUAAUAUUUAUGUUUAAUAUAUUUUUAAAUUACUACUGGUACCUACCGUGAUUUUCAGUGACAUGUGUAAUAAUGCAGAAAAAUGGAGCUGGACUUCACACUGCAAGCUCUUGUUUCUGGGACAAUACAACUGAUGGCAAGUAGACAUUUAAUUCGUUUGGAAUUUUAAGGGAUAAUAUUACUACAGAUUUAAUAAUGUAUUUUUUUAAGAAGGCAUCGCUAUUCUUCUUAACGCCUUCUUUAAAAAAAAACUUCCCCAUAAUGGUAAUAUGUUAUUGGAUAUUUUGUAUAUUUCAUUGACAUAUUAAAGAGAUGGAAUUGAAAUGCGAUGUAAUGUGAAAAUUUUUGCUAUUACUACAAUAUAAAAAACUACUACCUUUUAACGAAUUACACAAUUAUAUCUGCUUAACUCUUUUGCUGCGGAUUUUUAUUUUUUUUUUCAAAGAGCGAAAAAGAGUGAGAGGUUUGGUUUAUUAAAAAAUAUUUAAAAUAUUAUUCUUUGGUUUAUAAGACUAAACUUGGUAUCAAAUGAAAGAUAAUUGAAAGGACCAUAUGUUUGUAAACUUAUUUCUUCAGUUCAAAUAAAAUAAGUUACAGAAAAGAACCAUUUUUUCUCCAAACCCUAUGACGUACACAUACCUCUUCUUCACUUCUAUAACUCAAAUCCUCUAAAACUACUACUAUCGGAAUCAUGCGAUGGAUCUAAAUAUAAAUCAUCUUCACUAUCAAAAGAAAUAGUAUAAAACCAUUCCAAAGCUUUUUGAGCUGUUAAUCGUCUAGGAAACUUAUUCACCUACUAGGGUCUAAGGUAGCCAUAGUAACAGCAGAAGAAAAAAAAGCGAAGAAAAUCAUUAAAAUAAUGCUUCAAAUGACAACAAUUAAACCUUGAUUUCACCUAUAAUCAAUUAAAUACCACUCUUCGAUGUGAAAGUCUUAUUUAAAAUAGCUCUCAAAAAAUUUAAAGGAGAAAUAGCAAAGAAACAAACAUGAUUUUGAAACAACGCACAGCGCGUUGGUCCGUGCUUUUGAGAAAGGUGUAAGAACGCAGUGUGUGUUGUUCCACAUCGAAAGAGUAAUUAUUUGUUAUUUUACUUUCCACAGGAAGCUGCACAGUCCGGUGGGAAAAUAAGACCAUGUUCUGCAUUGUCAGCGUCUUUGGACUUGCAAUCUAG